AUGGAGCUGCCUGUCAGUAUUUCCAGAGAUGAGCUAGUCGUGCUGCAACUUCUGGAAGAGAUUCAACAAUUAGUGGAUCUAGCAGGGGGUGAGACUAAACCAGGUGUCGAUGCCAACCCGAGAAUGCACCCGGCAGCCAAGUUGUACCUCGACACACGUGACACUUUCGAGGUGAUUGAAAAUCUGGUGGAGGAACAUGUCAAAGGGAAACCAAAGCUGCUCCGCAGACUCAGUAAGCAAUCCAGUAGUGAGAACGUUGUAGACUCAACCCGUGCUUCCUCUAUUCCAAGUCCAACCGUUUCUGCGCUGAAUGACGCAGUCAUUGAUCGUAUCCAAGAGAUGUUUCGACAUUUAGGAAGUUUACUGGGACCUUCGAUUCUGAAAGAACUGCGUCUACGUAAGCUCUCGAUCACAUCGAUCUUACAUUAUGUGAGAUUUUUGCCAAUGGGAUACCAGUGGACAGCAUACAAAGAAGCACGAAAAGAAGAAGUGGAGCUUGUGUACCGUGAGACUGUUUAUAACUCGUUAUCAUCGUUGACUCACUCUCAAACAGAUAGCCAAACAUUGCGUCAUCGUGCUGAAUUUGUAAAGCAACAAAUUCGCAAAGAUGUGGAUACUGUUUGUUUGUUUGCAGCGGAUGGCACGCUCUCUACGAUUUUUGGAGAUGACGGUGACAUGGUGGAGGAAAAUGUGGCUAUCAAGUUUGAAACACUGAUAGCAGACGUGUACAGCGGCUAUCUCAAAGAGUCGUUAGAUGUGCAGAUGCAGCAUUUGACGCAGGCUUCUGAUCAAUGGGCGCUCGAUACAGCGGUGACGUCGUCUUCAAAGCAGACAGGAGAGACUGGUCCACCCCUUAUAGUUCAGUGUUUCUAUCGUCCGCGUAAGUUUCGCAUGAAAGGAGGUAUUUUUCCGGAAUUGUUGACGAAUCUCGAACAUCGAUUCGUUCAUUUACCUCCAGCUCAUUCGGGUCAACAAGCAAAACUUUUAGUGGCAGAUUCUCAUCAAGUCGGUGUGUGGUGGCAAAAAACCGUGUUUUCAGUCUCCGAGCGAGACGUCACUACCCUGCACGACGAUGAAAGUCGCGAUAUAUUCGGGAAGGUCGAGACAUUAGACGGUCAGUUGUACGUACCGCUUCUCCGAAAAGAACAAGAUGGGUCUCGUUUAUUUGGUCGAAGUGGGGGUCUUGCGAAAUGGGUAGGCCAACGCGUCCUCGUAAACAACGGGAAGGACAGUGUGUGGGUGGAAGUUGAGGUUGUUGACGUGGACGACAAGCGGUGUAAGCUUCAGAUGAAGAAAUCGCUUCAAAAGUGUGCGGAAGUGUCUAGUUGGACCCAAUUCUUAUCGAUGAACGAAUGGGUAAAUCUGCGAGAGCUCCAUUUCAUCGGAGCGCCAGUGAACCCGCAGUUCCGCGUGCAAAUGGGUCUCAAAUUUCGGGAAAUCCUCGAGUCUGUGCAGACUGUAGUGGUCGAGAUCAGCUCCGUUUUCCCCAAUGGAGACUUGAACGACAAGGUGGGGAGUGCCUUGUGGAAAUCUGUCGAGUCGUCAAUCAGCCGAGGUGAACACAUCUUUGCACGCUACUUCCGGUCUAUUCUUCAAAGCGACGUGCUAACCCAGGGGAAUUCCAUGAUUCACUCGGCACCGGCACGUUCAAGGUCGACGAAAAGUGGGUACUUUGAUGAGUUUGGGACGUAUUGCUUCCAACACCAACAACCACGACUGAUGCGAGCUGGUACUGCCAUGCGCUCAACGAUAGCGGAAGCCACGACUGUGACGCGAACUAUCUCACCGUUUGAGAAACUCGCACAUCAUUUACUUGAAGAAACUGAGAUCAUCGGGACCUGUAUUCAAGCGCAGAAUGUCGCUCUUAGUUGCGUGUUUGUGCAGGUUUUACUUGAGAAAAUCGCCAAGAUGAAUCAACAAAUGCUGACUACGCUUGAAUUACCGUCAUGUACCGUGGAACGCGUCAUAUCGGAACAUGCCAACUCGUGCAGAUUACUUUUCGUGUGGCGAAUAUGCCGACAUCAAGUGGAUACCAUGGCCCGACAAGGGAGAAAGAGUAGACGACGCAAUCUUGACCUUGACAGUCGAUACAUUCAUCUCAACUGGGUUGAUCACGCGUUCGAACGGGUGGAAACACAAAUCUUAGAGAUGAUGCAGUCACUGGUUCACUUCGGGCAUCGCGUCUUCUUUCACGAAUGCAUGAAUCAUCUACUCUCGGGAAUUUAUGAGCAAUCUUGGACUGCGUGUAAGCCGUGGUUUGGUAACACUCGAUGCACCUACGCCGUACAAGGAUUUAUUUUUCGGAUGCAGUUAUUGCUGGAGUACGUGAAUAACACGGUGCUAAUAGGCUAUGGACGCAACCUCGGUGUGCACGAAAAAGUAUAUGAACUAGCCGCUCGAAUGCUGUUGGAUGUACUGACUUGUAUUGCGGAGGCAUACGAGAGUCUGGUAAUCGCAAGAGCGCGUGAAGGACAGUGGAAGAUCGACAUCCUCUAUCUUGUCUGUGGCGUGUACAAGUUAUUAAAACAGUUGGAUCAAAUGUUUUCUUCUCGGGGCGCUAGUCAAAGUGCCAAGGGGAAACGCAAAGGUACGAUUUAA